AUGGACGCGAUGCCGAAUGUCGAUGAAACAGAAGUUCUCAGCUUGAUUGUUGGGCAGCUUGUUGCGUAUGGAUAUUCAGCUGUGGCACAAAGCGUUGCUGACACGACAGGAGCCACAACCGAACUGACACCCAGCAAUCGUCUAUUGGAAUUGGUUCAACUUGGCAAAUACAAAUUGGAACACGAUGGAUCCGAAGAUAGCGAAUACAACCCCGAGGAGGAGAAACGCGAUUACGACAUGGAUGAUAAUCAAGCAAGCAAUGAUUGGAAUCAAACUACAAGGACAUCAGGUGGAUUUGAUCCGGAUGCAGUACAAACAGCAGCUGCCAAGGUGCCUCCUGAUUAUUUCCAACUUUAUUAUACACAACACAAAGGUCCAUGUCGUACAGCAGCAUUCAGCGAUGAUGGUCGAUUUGCAGCAACAGGAUCACAUGAUUCGUCACUCAAAGUAUUGGAUGUCUACAAGAUGAAGAAGCGCACAGGCGAUGUUGGCGACAAGCCAGUCAUUCGUACCUUGUACGAUCAUACAGCCCCUGUCAAUGAUCUUUCAUUUCAUCCAAAUGGUUUGGUGCUUGCAAGUUGUGCCGAGGAUCAAAGCGUGAAGUUGUUUGAUUUGAUGAAAUUGGGUGUGAAGCGAUCGUUUCGUUAUUUCCAGGAUGCCCAUUCUGUCAAUUCGAUUUGCUUUCAUCCUUCAGGCGAUUACUUACUAGCAGGCAGUGAUGAUGCAGCUGUUCGGAUAUACGACGUGAAAACGCUUGCAUGCUACACCAACAGUACCAAGGAAAUGCACCAGGGCGCCAUUACACAAAUUCGAUACGCUAAAUCCGGUCGUGUAUUUGCCACUUCCUCGACAGAUGGCUCAGUACGCAUAUGGGAUGGUGUCUCAGGUCAAUGUGUACGCAACAUUGAAAACGCACAUAACGGCACAGCUGUAUCCAGUGUACGGAUGUUACAAAAUGAACGAUUUGUGCUCACUGCUGGCAUGGAUUCAACAAUGCGGUUAUGGGAUAUUUCAAAUGGCAAAACGGUGGUUGAAUAUAGAGGCCAUAGCCAACAUUCUCAAAUGUUACAGCCCACGGUUAGCUAUAAUGAUGAUUUUGUCAUGAUCGGUGAUGAAGGAUCCACGGAUGUCUUUGUAUGGGAUACACAAAAGGGCAGCUUAUUAACAAGGAUAGCAGGACAAAAUAACCUCGUACGAUGUGUGGCUGCUUCAACUACAGACAAUGGUGUUCUUACAUGCAGUGAUGAUUACCGAGCAAGAUAUUAUAUGACUGGUAGUGCAGAAGACCAAUGA